GCUACAUCUUUUCUCUUCCGCCAGCUCUACCGUUCAUAUUUGUCGCAACCGAUGCAAACAUGGCGGCAGAUAACGAAGCUCCUGCCGCGAGCAGCGCCAAUGACUCUCGUCCCUCGGGCGACAACAAGAACGCCGCUAACAACAAUGGCUCUGAGAACCGUCGCAACCCGCGCCAUGACCACAGAAAGCCAGGCAAAGGUCGAUCAGAGAAGGGACGCGGAGAAUGGGGUCGUGAGAAGGGCGACAAGCGCAAGAAGAAUGAUGAAUUUAAGGAGUUCAAGCGUCGCAAACUGAAUAAGAAGGGCGAUUCUGCUGAUGGCGAGUCGAGCAACAACCCCUUCUCCAAGGAUGAGAUUGCUGCCGAGGAGCGACGACCCAAGCGAAAGGUUGCUGUUAUGAUUGGAUAUGCGGGCACUGGUUACAAGGGAAUGCAGGUCAAUGGCAACGAGAAGACCAUUGAGGCCGAUCUAUUCAAGGCAUUUGUCGCUGCGAGCGCUAUUUCCAAGGCCAAUGCCGACGACCCCAAGAAGUCGAGUCUUGUUCGAUGCGCUCGAACGGAUAAGGGUGUGCAUGCGGCUGGAAAUGUCAUCAGCCUGAAGCUUAUUAUUGAGGAUGAGGAUAUUGUGGACAAGAUCAACGCCGAGCUACCAGAGCAGAUCCGAAUUUGGGGUAUUCAGCGAACGAACAACGCCUUCAGCUGUUACCAAACCUGCGAUUCAAGAUGGUACGAGUAUCUUAUGCCUAGCUACUGCCUUCUGCCUCCCCACCCCGAGUCUUUCUUGGGCCAAAAAUUGGUUGAGUUAGCCAAGGAGCAUGGUGUCGAGGAUGAGCUGGCCUCUAGGAUGGAGGAUGUCAAAGAUUUCUGGUCUGACGUGGAAGAAAAAGAGAUCAAGCCCAUCUUGGCCCGAUUAGACCCCGAGACCAAGGCUGCCGUGUUGGAGCGAGUCCACGUUAUGGAUGAUGAAGAGGUUGCUGCACGUAAGGAGGCUGCGAAAGAGACCGAGGAGAGCGCGCCAGCAGAGGAGAAGCCUGCUAGCGAGACACCAGCUGGUGAAGCUGCUGAACAAACCACAGAGCCCGAGGCUCAACAGUCUGGCCUUGUUCUGGAGAGCCACAAGCCAAAGAACCGUGAGCUUGGCCCCGUUGAUUUCGCCCUUCGAGACAUCAAGGCAGCUUAUGUUGCCGCUAAGCGACGGUACCGUGUCAGCACUGAGCGUCUGAACCGUCUUCAGGAGGCCCUCAACAAGUACAACGGUACAAAGAACUUCCACAACUAUACUGUUCAGAAGUCAUUCUUCGAUCCCUCAGCGAAGCGACACAUCAAGUCAUUCGUCGUCAACCCUAACCCUAUCAUCAUUAACGAUACAGAAUGGCUGUCUCUCAAGGUUCACGGACAGAGUUUCAUGAUGCACCAGAUCCGAAAGAUGGUUGGUCUAGCCAGUUUGAUCGUCCGCUGUGGCACUCCUAUGGAACGUAUCAACGAGAGCUACCAGAACCAGAAGAUGGCCAUCCCUAAGGCCCCUGGUCUCGGACUCUUGCUUGAGCGACCCGUAUUCCACAACUACAACCGAAAGGCCACCGAGUCACUCGGAAAGGAAGCGAUCGACUUUGACAAGUACGAAGAGAAGAUCCAGGCCUUCAAGGACAAGCAGAUCUACACUCGUAUUUUCAGCGUGGAGGAGAAGGAUAACUCGUUUCACAUGUUCUUCAACCAGAUCGACCAGUUCAAGACAAAUCACUUCCUGUGGCUCACGGCUGGCGGUAUGAAGGCUGCCGAGAUCGCAAGGGACACGACAGGUGAAAAGGUGCAGCAGGACGUUGAUAAGCAGCUCGGUGAUGAGGAUGAGGAGGACCCCGAGGGCGGUGAGGCGGCCCGCGCAACACCAUCAACUUCGUCGUCGUCAAUCCACGUAGUCGAACCAGCCGUCAAAAUGAGCGCCCAGGCCCUUAACAAGAUCGCUCCCAACAGCCCCUCGAGGCAGAACCCCUCCGAGCUUGAGACCAGCAUCGCUCAGGCUCUCUACGACCUCGAGUCCAACACCUCCGACCUCAAGGUUGCCCUGCGACCUCUGCAGAUCGUCUCUGCCCGUGAGAUCGAGGUUGGCCACGGCAAGAAGGCUAUUGUCAUCUUUGUCCCCGUCCCUUCCCUGCAGGGCUUCCACCGCGUCCAGCAGCGUCUCACUCGUGAGCUCGAGAAGAAGUUCUCUGACCGCCAUGUCCUGAUCCUCGCCUCUCGCCGCAUCUUGCCCCGCCCCAAGCGAUCCGCCCGCUCCCGCAACACCCAGAAGCAGAAGCGUCCCCGUUCGCGAACUCUCACUGCCGUCCACGACGCCAUCCUCGAGGAUCUCACCUACCCCGUCGAGAUCGUCGGCAAGCGCGUCCGCACCAAGGAGGACGGCUCCAAGCUUCUCAAGGUCAUCCUCGACGAGAAGGAGCGUGGUGGUGUUGACUACCGCCUCGACACCUACUCUGAGGUCUACCGACGAUUGACAGGCCGCAACGUCAACUUCGAGUUCCCUCAGAGCGGUCCCGCCGACUACUAAGUCUGUGCGUCAACUUUCGAGAUGAAAUAGAAGAAAUGACUAUUUUUUCCUCAUUCGGGCUGGGAGUGUUUUUCACAAAUGGUUGGUUGGUCAAAAAAGGGGCUUGGCGUCUUAAAGAAAGUAGCUUGAUGAAUGGUACAAGCAAGCUGCGUAUGAUUUGACAAGAC